AUGCUGCCCGACCGGGUACCACCAGAAGACAAUGAAGACCACAACGCCGACUCUCAGAGCGACCACUCCCUGGGUGCUGACAGGCUACACCCGGGUCCAGCCGACACUGCACCGACCUCCGCUGCCCUCCCGCCUGCCCCACCAGCCCCUGCCCCACCAGCCCCUGCCAAGGCUCCCGACGAAGACUUGCUUGCUUCCCAACCCGGCAGGGCGGCAGGCAUGCUUUCCGCGGGGUACGCGCUUGUAGCCGCUACGGCUCGCGCCCUGGGCGUCACGCACAACACCAGCGACCCUGCGGACAUCAGCAGCAGCAGCGAUGGGGAGGGCUCGAGUAACGAGGCAACUGCUUUCACUGUUGACGAAGACUGUCCAAGUGAUGACGACCGGCUUUGUCUGGCGGCUACGGAGCUGCCCGGCCAAGCUGGAUACACUGCAGUGGCCGCGGCUACACCCAUGCCAGCGUCCACUGCAGCAUCUGUCUCUGUCCCACUAUUACAGCUCUGUGACAACCGACUCGGCGGUCCGGCAUGCAUGCAGCCCGACCGAGUCGGGUUUGAUGAACCCACGUCCCUUGUGGACACUGCCCUGUCCAGUGCCGCUGUCCUGGACAUGGUCAAAGACGACUGCCAGCGCGCCGUCACCCACGACGUACCGGGUCCACUCCACGAACAUGUCCAGCCCGAAACAGGGCGACCGGACCCGGUACUAUCAGUGUACGCCCAUAACGCGCCCGCAUUCCCUUGCACGCUGUGUGGGCACACUGCAUGUGACAUGAGCGCGCUGUCGAGUCACAGACGGACCUCCCACCGUGGCACCUGCUUCGUGGACCACUUCCACAGCGGGUGCCCGUGUGGCAUCGGGCACAGGACUCGUGCAGCUGCUACGAAGCAUGCUAUGGAGUGUCGGGACAGCCCGUCCUACAUCCCUUCGGCUGCACGUGCUCCCCCGGGUCCGUCUCCGGUCCACUUUCGUUCUCGUUCUCGUUCCGUGUGGUCUGUUCCGGAGGACGAGGUGACCCCCGAACAUACCGGGUCCCUCGUCCUGGCUCCUUCCGUGGGUUAA